CGCUUUCCCCUCCUGCCCGCUCCGCCCUAGGGCCCUGCACGGCUGCCACCGGAGCGGCUCGGGAUUGACGCGGACACUGCGCCCGGGCCCGCCGUGGGACACGGCCCGGGUUUGUCCUUCUUGGCUCGCCGUCGCCAGGCCGGCUCGGCAGCAGUACGCGCUCCCGGCGGCAGGGAGCGCAACCGCGAGGAAAUGGGUGCGGGCUCGUCCUCGCGAGCCCAGCGGAGACAGGGACGCGCUCAGGAGCUCUCUGGCUGUUGCACUUGGCUCCUAAGAGAAGAUGGAAGAGAUCCUGGCUGAUCUGUGUGGUACCAGGCCGGAAGACCCACUUCCUGUGUGGGUCCAUGGUAGUGUUGGUCACUGCUUUAACCAGCUGAUUUUGAAUGUUGUCCCUCACGCAAUCCUUGCUUUAGUAAGCGCCUGCUACCUCGGCACUCCAAGAUCUCCUGUCCCAGGGGCUUCCCACAGACCUGGCUGGAAAUGCAGAAUUGCUGCCUCCUUCGUACUCACUGGCCUCCCCAUCCUUGAUAUAAUCUCAGCAGCCAUCACUCAGCAGGAGUUGGGUACCCUGUAUCUGGUAGUGCUGGCAAGUGGCAUUGCUCUGCUGGCAUGGCUCACUCAUAGCCUGGCACUCCUCAUGCUUUACAGGUCCACGUACGGCUCCUCCCGUGGCCCUGCAGCCAUAGUGCUCCUAGCCCUCUUCCCUGUCCCUGCCCUUAUCAUCACACUGGUAUGGUACUGCCAGAAUGGGGUGGCCUGGCCCCACCUCCAUGCUGCUCACAUCUGCAGACUCUCCAUCCUCUGCCUGCAGUUGGCCUCUCUACUUAUCUAUGUGAUCGGGUAUAUUACUCCUGUUGCCAGCAGGCAAGUUUUUUGCUCCAUCAAUGACUCCUGGCAGCGUGAACCUCUCAUCACAGAGUCAGGGAUCCCAGCACCUAACUGGCAGGGAGUGGCAGAGGAUGGUGAAAGCUGGCUCUCGCGCUUCUCUUAUGCUUGGAUGAACCCUCUUAUGAAGCGUGGCUAUCAGUGGAUGCUGAAUCGGCCACAGGAUGUCUAUCUGCUACCUCGACGGCUCCAGGCUGCCAGGGUCCAUGACCAUUUCUACUCCUGCUGGCAGGAAAAGGCAGCUCUCAUCCAAGAGGAGGAAGAUACAGUGUCUUCCACUAGCCCAGUUGUCACCAAAAGUGAUGGGAGUGGAGAUGCCUCCCCCUCUUCAGGGAGCCGCUGUGAUGCCCAGCAGGCUGUGCAACUCCUCUCAGUGUUGCAUGCAGCCUUUGGGCUCCGCUACUACUCCCUAGGGCUCCUCAAACUGGCUGGUAGCCUGUUGGGUUUCUCAGGUCCCCUGCUCCUGAACCUGCUGGUUAACUUCAUGGAGUCGCACCAGGAGCCUCUGAGCCAUGGGGUGCUGUAUGCCCUUGGCCUCUUUGCUGGCUCCUUCCUGGGUGCUCUCUUGCGGAACCAGUUCAGCUAUGAGGUGAAUAAGGUGAUGCUGACGGUGCGUGCGGCAGUCAUCUCUGCCAUCUAUCGCAAGGCUCUGCGGGUUAGCGGCAGCAGUCUGGCUGGCUUCACCAUGGGUGAGAUUGUCAACUUCAUGAGCACAGACACUGAUCGGCUGGUCAACUUUUGCAUCAGCUUCCAUGAGGUGUGGAGUCUCCCUUUCCAGUUUGCCAUCACCCUCUACCUCCUCUACCAGCAGGUGGGGGUGGCCUUCCUGGGAGGCCUGGCCCUGGCCCUGCUGCUUGUGCCUGUCAACAAGGUCAUAGCAAACCGUAUCAUGGAGAACAACAAGGAGAUGCUGAAGCACAAAGACACACGAGUUAAGCUAAUGACAGAGUUCCUGUGUGGCAUGCGAGUGAUCAAGUUUUACACCUGGGAGCAGCACUUCGGCGCCCGGAUAAAUGCCUGCCGAGCCAAGGAGCUGCAAAAGCUGCGAGCCAUCAAGUACCUGGAUGCCGUGUGCGUGUACCUGUGGGCAGCACUGCCAGUAGUCGUCUCCAUUGUCAUCUUCAUCACCUAUGUCCUGCUGGGGCACCAACUCACUGCCACCAAGGUAUUUACAGCCUUGGCGCUUGUUGGGAUGCUGAUUCUUCCCCUCAAUAACUUCCCUUGGGUGUUGAAUGGAAUCUUGGAUGCCAAAGUGUCCCUGGAUCGCAUCCAGUGUUUCCUCGAGCUCUCUGACCAGGACCUGCAUGCUUAUUACACCACUGAUGGCCCCACAGACCCAUCCUCUGCACUGGAAAUGCGUCACUCCAUCUUCUCCUGGUCACCGGCCCGGGAGGAGAGCACCAGGCAGCACCUGUCCAGAGGGACUCUGCAGAUCUUCAUUCAGGACCUGGCAGUGGCAAAGGGGGCGCUGGUUGGAGUUGUUGGGAAGGUUGGCUGUGGGAAGAGCUCUCUGCUUGCAGCAAUCACUGGAGAACUCAACAGACUUGGCGGGCAAGUGUAUGUCUGGGAUCUGGAGCGAGGAUUUGGCCUGGCCACGCAGGAGCCCUGGAUCCAGUUUACCACUGUCCGUGAGAAUAUCCUCUUUGGGAGGGACUAUGAUGCCAGGCUGUACCACGAGGUGCUUGAGGGCUGUGCACUUUCCGAUGAUCUGAAUAUCUUACCAGCAGGUGACCAGACGGAGGUAGGUGAGAAUGGAGUGACCCUCAGUGGGGGACAGAAGGCUCGAAUCGCCCUUGCUAGAGCCGUUUAUCAGGAGAAGGAGAUUUAUCUUCUUGAUGAUCCACUGGCAGCUGUUGAUGCUGAUGUAGCCAAUCACCUUAUGCAGAAAUGUAUUCUGGGAGUUCUCAAACACAAGACCAGGAUUCUUUGCACACACAGGACGGAGUUUUUAGAGAAGGCUGACACCUUGCUGCUCAUGGACAAUGGCAGAAUAGUCAAGACAGGGACCCCAUCUGAAAUCCUGCCACUGGUGGAAGCCACUCCCAAGGUCAAUGAGAAUAAGAGGAGGCAGAAUAAAGGAGUUCAAGACAACUGCUCUAAUGGGACAGGGUGGAGCAGGAAAACAGCCAAGGGAAACUGGGAGACAGAGGAAGUGACUUGCCUAACAUCACAGGUCCCUGCUGAGCAAGGCCAGGAGGAGGAUAUGGAGAUAGAGGAAGAGGAACUGGGCCAAGCCAACUGCCUCCUCCAGCGAGAGGAAGAAAAGAAAGAAGGGGCAGUAGCUUUUCAGGUGUAUAGGGCAUAUUGGUUGGCAGUGGGCAGCUGCCUAGCAUUGUCCAUCUUCUUCUCCCUGCUCCUGAUGCAAGCAUCUGGGAAUGUCUCAGUUUGGUGGUUGUCACACUGGAUCUCCAACCUGCCCCAGAUGGCGAACAUCUCCACGAGGCCCCUGUCAGCUUCUGUCCCUUCCCCACAGCUGCUGCUCUUCUCCCUUGCGGGGCUUGUGUCCCGCAUCCAGGUGUUGGGCACAGCUCCAGUCCAUCCCAAUAGCACACUGGAUGUGAACUUCUACCUGAUGGUGUAUGGCGGCAUUGCUGGGGCCAACUCAGUCUUCACCAUCCUACGGGCCUUCCUCUUUGCCUACGGCACCAUCCGCGCUGCCACUGUCAUUCACAGCCGGCUGCUCCAGAGAGUGAUGAAGGCCACGGUGACCUUUUUUGACAUUACGCCGACGGGCCGGAUCCUGAACCGCUUCUCUUCAGACCUGUACUGUGUGGACGACAGCCUGCCCUUCAUCCUCAACAUCUUCCUGGCCAAUGUCUUUGGGUUGCUGGGCAUGCUGGUGAUGAUAACCUAUGGGCUGCCCUGGAUUGGCCUGAUCUUGCUGCCACUGGCUGCCCUCUACUUCUCCAUCCAGCGCUAUUACCGGUGUACCUCCCGUGAGCUCAAGCGCCUCUACAGCCUCACCCUGUCCCCCAUCUACACCCACUUCUCAGAGACCCUGACAGGGCUGAGCACUAUCCGAGCCACCCGGGCCACUGACAGAUUUGAAGCAGAGAAUCAGCUGCGACUGGAGCAGAACCAGCGCUGCCUCUUUGCCAGUAACACCGCCAUGCAGUGGCUGGACAUCCGCCUGCAGAUGAUUGGAGUUGCUGUGGUUACAGCCAUAGCAGGAAUCGCCAUCAUCCAGCACCAGAGGCAACUGGGAAAUCCAGGUCUUGUAGGCCUGGCCCUCUCGUAUGCCCUGUCUGUCACAAACCUGCUGUCAGGCCUCAUCUCCAGUUUCACGCAGACAGAGACUAUGAUGGUGAGUGUGGAGCGAGCAGAGGAGUACUCCACAGACAUCCCCAUAGAGCCCCAGGAGCAGCUGGUCCAGGUUGCCCCUGACUGGCCGAGCCAGGGCCACGUGGAGUUCCAGCAGGUGGUUCUGACAUAUCGGCCAGGACUGCCCAAUGCUCUGGAUGGGGUGACCUUCACCAUCUACCCUGGAGAGAAAGUGGGGAUUGUGGGGCGCACUGGAUCUGGCAAAUCUACAAUCUUCUUGGCACUCUUCCGCAUGGUGGAGCUGAGGGGGGGACGGAUCCUCCUGGACAAUGUUGACAGCCGAUCAGUGGGCCUGGAGAGUCUGAGAUCCAAACUGGCCAUAAUCCCCCAGGACCCAUUUUUGUUCAGUGGGACAAUCCGGGAGAACUUGGACCCCCUGGGGCGACAUACAGACUUUGACCUAUACCAGGUGCUGGAGCAGUGCCACCUACAGGUGGUGAUUACUCAGAUGGGUGGACUGGACUCUGAACUGGGGGAGAGAGGGAAGAGUCUGUCGGUGGGACAGAGGCAGCUCGUGUGUCUAGCAAGAGCCCUCCUGACCCAGGCCAAGGUGCUGUGCAUCGAUGAGGCCACAGCCAGUGUGGAUCAGAAGACCGAUCAGCUGCUACAGCAGACCAUCCGCCAGCGCUUUGCUGACAAAACUGUGCUCAUGAUUGCUCACAGGACUGACUCGUGCCCCAGCCCGGCACUGUGGGCUGCAGGAGGUUCUGUCUUUUGGGGGAGAUGGGAAACUGAGAUCCUGACCACCUGGGGUCCAUGUGAAGAUCCACUCGUACUUUCUGCUGAACACUAUCCUGGACUCAGACCGUGUGCUAGUGAUGCAUGGGGGGAAGGUGGCGGAGCUGGAUUCACCUGCUGUCCUCAGCAGGAGGGAAGACUCCUUGUUUCAGCAACUCUUGACCAGUGGGCAGCAAUGACUUCUCUGCUAAGGGACUGAGACCAGUGAUGAGCACCUCCUGGCUGCACACCUGCAACCCCCAUCUCUGCUGGACCCCAACAGGCUGGUGGGUGCAGGCAACUACCUACUUCCUGCUGGGCCAGGAGCUGCCAUAGGGGAUGCACUAGCCUGCACAAAGGACAGCAGAGGGUGACACUGGCUCUUGGCUUGGGUCCUGCUCAGAGUGGACCUUGUUUCAGGUGGGAAGUCGUGGGAGGACGAGGAGCAGUCUCCCGAGCCAUGAUGGGGUUGGACUGAGACUUACUGGUCUGGGUCAAGAGUCCUAGGAUGAGGAAACAUGCUCCUGGCUUGGGGCAGCAUCCCCUUUGGUGUAAUGAGGGUUUAUUCUCUACUGUUAAGUGAAUCAGUGACUCCCAGUGAAGGACUCAUGGUUUAAAAUAAAGAGCAAAUGUCCUUGUUAA